GAGUGAUAAUAGCAUUGUAGACAUCGGUUUUAGACCAGCGAUCGAUGGUAGGAUUUUUUUCUUUAAAUAUUCACUUGUUCAUCUUGGAGGUUGACCCCAACCUUACUGAUUAGCGCCCAUUGAUAACAUUAUUUAUAUUUAGGCCUAUACAGUCUGAAAUCACCAGACUUACGAGUAUUUCUUUCGAAGCAAAAUUAACCCAAUUAUUUCAAAAUAUACGGAAUGAAAAGGAGAUACGAAUAGAACGCAAGUCAAGAUGGGAAAGACUGGGGAGGAGAAGUGUAAGGAAGACGACAACGAAACGAUAACCAGAGCUGCCCACGAGUUCGGCGAUGAAACCACGCUGCACGGGUUAAGAUACCUCAUCGUUCGUGGUCAUCUUCUGUUUCGUCUAUGCUGGCUAGCCAUUCUCAUUCUUGCUUUCGCUCUCCUGGUCAUCCAGGCGAAGAUCGUCUAUGAGGAUUUUCAGAGCUCGCCGUACUCGACAAAGAUGGACAUCGUCCCGGAGAUGACGAAAACCUUCCCGGCAGUCACUGUUUGUAACGACAAUAAGAUCCGAAGAUCGCGACUAUACAACACCAAAUACCAAGGCUUGAUUGAUAUUGAUGAUGGAGAAGUAUCGGUAAACGAAACGGGCAGUACCACAGACAGAGAGUCAGACAAUGUAUGGGCAUCAGUCACCGGUGAUUACGACUGGCAAGGCUUCUACUCCGCAUCGAUGGCCGAUGACUUCAGCGACUUCAUCAACGUCGUCAGCCCAUCCCGGGCUGAGCUCAGUGACUACGGGCACACUCUUGAAGACUUUGUAAUUCAGUGCACGUAUAACCAGAGAACGUGUAACUUGAGCACCGAUUUCACUGUGUUACAAAAUCGACACUACGGCAAUUGUUUCACAUUCAACUUUGGGAGAGAAGAAAAUAGCACUCUUAAGAUGACCACCAAGACUGGAGCGUUGAGUGGUCUGCACCUUAGUCUUAUGGUUGAAGAGGAUGAGUACAUGGGUUUAUUGGCUCCUAUCCGAGGAGCAAAGAUAGUCAUCCAUGCUCCUCAUAUAACACCAUUUCCUGAGGAUGAUGGUAUCAGCCUCGAAACAGGGAGUGCCUUUUCGAUUGGCAUACGGGAGGAAGUCAUACAACGCCUUCCAAAGUUUUCCGAUUGCAUUGAUGAAGACACUGACUUUAUCAAUUCUUCAUAUUCUGGUUUUUACUCCGUACGCUGUUGUUUCAAGGCUUGUUACCAGCAAAGCCUUUUCAACGAGUGUGGUUGCGUGGAUGAUAUCCUCCUUGACUAUAGACAGUGCAGGGUCACCAGCAAACGCGAAAUGCUUUGCAAAUCCGAGGUAGAGUCUCGUUACAUAAAUGACGAACUACAGUGCGAGUGUCCAUUGCCAUGCAAAGAGAAAAACUAUAGGACAUCGAUAUCGUCUGCUUCCUGGCCGUCGAAGCGAUUCAAGCCUCAUCUUUUGAGUAAAUUUCAUUCCAACCCUAAAAUCCGGAUGAUAUUAGAAGAAGAGGAAAAAGCAAGGAGUAAUUUGAUUCGUGUCAUGAUCUACUUCGAAACCCUGAACGUGGAGAGAGUUGAACAAGUACCUCGAUAUACCAUCCCAAAUAUCUUGGGUAAUGUAGGUGGGCUAAUGGGCCUCUUCACCGGUAUGUCGUUCAUCAGUUUGUUUGAGGUCGCCUUUCUACUGCUCCGAAUCACAAAGAUUACUUUCACGAAACUUUUCCCCAGCAGCCAAGUUCAUUCUGUUAAAGCUUGAUGCUGUAGCCACACAUGUGAAAAUGACUCCGGACUGACAAAAGUUAUUUCGUUUUUUCUAAUCCGACGACAUAACAUCAGCGUGAUCAGUUGGUUUGGUGUCGGGUUCUUUGGUGUGUUUGUAGCAUAAUACACUCUUAAAACAGUUGGGCAAAAAAUGCCCAACUUUUAACAAACCCUGGGCAACAUACUGUCCACACAACAAUCGGUUAAAAUCUGUCCAAAUUGGGAAAUAAAAACUAUUGAUUGGGUAACAAAUUUGCUCAAUUGGAUAAUAAUUGCCCAGAACAUAUAUAUUUUUUACCAACGUACAUUACUCAACACAAUGGACAGUAUGUUGCCCAACUUUUGAGGUGUGAAGUCUGAUAUUAUAUUUGAUACAGAGGUUUUUUAAAUUACAGGACUGUUUUCAAAAGUUAACACUUUAAAUCGAUGAAUCAACACUAUCAAAAGCAAAGACCAUAGGGAUUCGAUCGAUUGAUUUUGCAGGGAAUAUGCUAUUGGCCAAUACAGAAUGAUGUAACAAAUUCUUGUAAAAAACUGUGUACUGUGACAUAUACUAUAUACGAAAAAUGCAAAAUUAAUACAUGCAAUAAUUUGUUAAAAUAUUGCUUUUAUAUUUUCAGAGUAUCUAUAACAAAUCCUUGAUUUUGUAAAUAUGUUUUUACCUUUAUUACAUUCGCGCCAGAAAAUGGAAAUACUCCAAUGUUCAUGCAUGCUUGUGUUUUGUUCAUAAGGUCGUUCGUUGAAUCUUAAAUAAAGUGAUGAUAUGCAUGCACGUAUCAUUAAUGCAUAUUAAUGUAUAUAAUACAAUGAUAUUACAACUGCUGUCUGAAGUGGGUUAAGUUUUUAAUCAUUCUUAGUAAUAGAUUCAAUGAUUUAUACAUAACUUGAAUUACGUUUUUGAACGAUAUUACCAAUGUUGUAUAUUUAAGUUUCAAAAUAUAAAGCAAAAACAUAAUGGAAUAAGCAGUCGUUGGUAUCGAGAGAUAAGGAAUGAGUGAGAGAGAAAGAGGGGGGGGGGGCAGACAGACAAGAGAGAAAAGGUUUACUAAGAAAAAAUAAGAGGGAAUGUUUUUAGCCAAUUGAGUUAUGAAUGAGUUGCCCUUGUUUAUAAGGAAAAAUGAUCAUUUAUGAUGAUGAUAUUACUGCGUUCAUUUAUUACAUU